GAUGCGCGAGCUGUAACUAUUUCAGCAAUAGUUCACCUUAAUCCUCAUGUAUGUGCUUUUCUCAGAUGAGGCUAAAUUUUAUAGUGACGGACAACUUAAUAGACACAAUUGCCAUUAUUGGUCAGAUGUUAAUCCCCACUGGUAUAGGCCAAUAGAUCAUCAAAAUCGAUGGAGUAUUAUGGUGUGGUGCGGAAUUGUAAAUGGUUAUUUGAUUGGGCCUUAUUUUUUUGAAGAGAACGUUGAUAGACACAGUUACUUAUCGUUGCUAAGAGAUCACUUACCAGGCUUAUUAGAAGAUGUUGACUUAGCAACAAGAGCAAGAAUGUGGCUUCAACAAGAUGGUGCUGCACCGCAUUAUGCACUCAUUAUCUGACGUCGCCUGAUUUCUUUUUAUGGGGAUACUUGAAAAAUGUUGUUUUUGCUGAACGACCAACCACAAGAGAUGAUUUUAUGGACCGCAUUCGUAGAGCUUGUGCAGCCAUUCCUAGAGCUACCCUGCUUAGAACUGUGGAUAGUUUUCAAAACAGAUUGCAGUUAUGCCUCGAAGCCAACGGAGGUAAUUUUGAACAAUUACUCCGUGGGUAAUUCAUUUAAAUUACAGUGUCAGUGAGAGGCAAGGGGACUCACGAUAAUCAAGCACCCCGACGUGAGAGGCAAGGGGACUCACGAUAAUCAAGCACCCCGACGUGAGAGGCAAGGGGACUCACGAUAAUCAAGCACCCCAACGUGAGA